AUGCGUUACUUAGCGUUUUUAUUGUUCAUAUCGAUGGCAACCGCCAUCGAACUCGUGGGCUGUUAUUCCAGUGUUGAUACCUCAGAUAGCCAGGGUACACAGCAGUACCAAACCAGCUCGUUAUGUGCGCUGAGCUGUCCCGAUUCGCCGUAUAUAGCUCUCAAAAACGGUGACGAGUGUUACUGUUUGAGCAAAAAACCAUCUGGUUCGAGUCUGGCGAGCGGCUGUAAUGUUGGCUGUUUUGGCUUCGGAUCUCAAAUGUGUGGUGGUUCAAGCGCCUACAGUGUCUACACCGGCAACGGCAGUGCUUCGGACGACACUUCCGAAACCGCCUCAGCUUCCGAAACCUCUUCGUCGUCUCAAACGUCGUCGUCGUCUGCAAGCUCCACCACAAGUUCAAAAUCCAAAUCUUCGUCCCCUUCCGCAUCAGCUACAUCGGAAACGGCUCAAGAAGUGACCUCUACGCGAAGCCAGGACGGCAGCGUGGUCGUCAAGACGGUGACGGCACUGGCGUCCGCUACGUCUAGUUCGUCAGCAUCCAAAUCAACGUCAUCGCCCCUGGCUUCCUCGUCGUCAGGCGCCCAGAAAAAAGAGUCUGGAGGCACCAAGGUAGGACCAAUAGUCGGUGGUGUCGUUGGCGGUGUGGCUGCGAUCGUAAUUGUGUCGCUUAUAGCCUUCUUCCUUGUUCGCAAGCGCAGACAAGACGAAGACCACGAUGAGGAAGAAUUCUACGACAAACCCGAAAUGGCUCGCGGAGGAACCAACAAACUGAAACGUAGUAAGCCUGCUUCGCCAUUGGACCGGCCUAUGUCUAAUCCAUUCACUGAUCCCUCGGAAGCCAUGGUGGCUGCGGGAGGUGGAAAACUGGGAUUAGUUGAUCCUCGUCUCAAUCCUAUGAUGAUGGGCAGAAGACGAUUAUCCGAAGGCUCAUUGGCAGAUGAGACAGAUUACUCCCGAAAAAUACUCCAGGUAGCCAACCCGGAUAAUUGA